AUGGGCGACUUCAUAGAUGAACUGCGCCUCCUCCGCAACAACUACCACCUGGGCUCCUACCCCCAAGUCAUCGACGAAGCCCUCAGCUCGCGCGACGCCUCCGUAGACCGCCGAGUCCUCGCCUACCGCGCCCUCCUCGCAUCCAACAAACUCGAUCGCGUCAUUUCCGAGCUGCAGUCUUCGCCCGACGCGGAGCUGCAGGCCGUCCGAUUGCACGCGCUCCAUCAACAGGCGAUCGGGACGAGGAACUCGGGGGCGAAGGCGAAAGUUGUUGGCGAUAUUUUGGCGCUCGUGGGGACGGGGAACAAUGCGCAUAGUAGUACGGUGCAGGCCAUUACGGCGUUGAUUUUGUAUGCGGAAGAACGGUAUACUGAGGCGUUGCAGGGGGUGUUGCCGAUACCGCGGAACUUGGAAUGUGUGGCGAUUGCGGUACAAUGCUAUCUCAAGCUCGAUCGGCCCGAGUUUGCACAGCGGGAAGUGGAGAAGUUGAGGACGUGGGCAGAUGACGCCACUUUGGCACAACUGGCGGAAGCCUGGGCGAAAUGCGCUGUGGGUGGACGUCAAAACAUUCAAGACUCGGAAUACAUCUUCGAAGAGCUCGCAUCAUCUAAAUCUGCCACGGGACGAAUCAUUUCUGGCCGCGCGAUAUGCAAGAUGCAGGCUGGGGAGUUUGCAGAAGCGGAGCGGAUCUUGGUGGAAGGGUUGAGCAGGUGCCCAAACGAUCCGGACCUGAUAGCAAACCUGGUAUCCUGCGCGGCUGCUACCGGCAAGUCGCCUGAGAUCAUCAACCAAUAUUUCGGCAAACUGAAGGAACUGGCCCCGCAACACCCGUUAGUGGAGGAGUACACACUGAAGGAGAGCUUGUUCCAACGGUCGGCACAGCGAUUUGCGCUUGCAAAAUAA